CCUGGAGAAGAUCCACGUACAUGUCUUUUCUUUCUCCUGUAACAGAGUGAAAUUGUAGCUAUUUUUCGACCAAAUUUUGAUUAACUUAAUUAAAGGAUAUUACAAGAGGAAUAAUCAUUGCAAAAAGAUUUGUUAUCGGCGUAAUAUCUAUAAGGAUUGUGAUAAAAAUGGAUACAUUUCCGUCUACUUAUAUUGAGGGCUUUCAUGAUCCUGAAGUAGUGAAAGCUAUGGAGUACAAAGAGCUCGGAAAAACGGGUUUAUUUGUAAGCAAAUUAUCUUUUGGUUCUGGUCCACUCGGUUGUCAUUACGGCUCGUAUGACGAGACCGAUGCCAUCGAAGCGGUACGUCAAGCGAUAAAACAAGGUGUCAAUUAUAUCGAUACAGCACCAUGGUAUGGUCAAGGUCGAUCCCAGACAACACUCGGCAAGGCGCUAAAAGGCAUUCCGCGAGGAGCUUAUUAUAUAACGACAAAAAUUGGCAGAUACGAGUUGGAUUACGAUAAUAUGUUCGAUUUUACUAUCGAGAAAACUAGAAAAAGUUUUAAAAAGAGUUUGGAGCUAUUGGGACUGGAUUACGUCGAUGUUAUUCAGAUUCACGAUAUCGAAUUUGCACCCUCAUUAGAUAUAAUUAUCACGCAAACUCUGCCGGAACUAUCAAAGCUAGUAGCCGAGGGAAAGGCUAAACAUAUAGGUAUAACUGGAUAUCCAAUCUCUGUACUGAAAGAAUGCGUCGAAAAGAGUAAUAUAAAUAUAGCCUGUGUCUUGAGUUAUGCGAGACUCACUCUGAUCGACGACACUUUGUUAGACUAUAUACCAUUUUUCAAGAAGCAUAAUAUAGGCGUAAUCAAUGCUGCUGCACUAUCUAUGGGUCUUUUAACAAAUAACGGUCCACCGAGCUGGCAUCCAGCCUCUGACGAAACAAAGGAACAAUGUAUGAAUGCUGCACAAUACUGCAAGGAUCAAAACGUGGAGCUUUCCAAACUGGCAAUAUGGCAUUCCAUGCAAUAUACAAAUGUAGACACCAAUUUGAUUGGAAUACAAAGCACAAAGCAAUUACAAAUGAAUCUGGAUGUCUUGCAAAACGGCAUUACGGAAAAAGAAAAGACAGUAUUGCAAGAAAUUCAAAAAAAAUUCCUAUCAAUAAUAAAGAAUCAACAUUGGGAAGGUAAAGAGAUCCAAAUGUAUUGGAAAGCUAUGAAGCAAAUAUCAUAAAAAUAUACCUUUAUUUCCAUUUUCUAUGUUCCAUUUGUGGAAUUUGAAUUCUAUGAAAAAG